AUGGCUUCGGUAAACGAUAUCUCCUCCAUGCGUGCAACUGCUUUGACUAUCAUGGCAACACGUGCUCAGGACCAGGACCUCGUUACGGACGUCGCCGGCAAACACUACAGCAAGGAUCUCAAGUCACUCAUCAAAGACAACUCGGAAGCACAAAAUACCUGUGUAGUUCCCUCUUUUGGCUGGCAUCCUUGGUUCUCUCAUCUUCUCUAUGAUGACUCGGCCGACACUCCGACUUACCGGCCCACCUCCGGGUCCGAGCCGGAUCUUGCGGCCAAACAGGCCCACUACAAUGCCGUUCUACAACCGGAGCCCUCAUCGGACUUUGUUGCCUCUUUGCCGAACCCGGUCGCUGUGAGCUCAUUUAUCAACUCAACAGAAUCACGAUUAUCUGCCUACCAAUAUGCCCUUGUAGGAGAGAUUGGUGUUGAUAAGGCUUUCCGUCUCCCAGAACCAUGGGACCCAUCUGAACAUACUGAUAGAGAUUCAACACUUACUCCUGGCGGCCGCGAAGGUCGUCAUCUCAGUCCUCAUCGCGUAAGGAUAGAUCAUCAACGUGCCAUACUCGCCGCCCAGCUCCGCUUAGCUGCCAAGACUCGCCGAGCUGUCAGUGUGCAUGGCGUGCAGGCUCAUGGUGUUCUUCAUGAUACCCUCGCGGCGACUUGGAAGGGCCAUAAGCGCGAAAUAAUGACACGUCGAAAACGUCGUUUGGUUGCUACUGGCGCGGAAGACUCUUCGGAUAAUGAUGACGACGACAGCGAGAAGCCAUAUCCGCCACGAAUCUGUCUUCAUUCAUUCAGUGCCAGUGUUGAAGUACUUAAGCAGUACCUUGUCCCGACUAUCCCGGCUCGUAUUUUUGUUUCACUCUCAGCGGCUGUCAACCUUAGUACGGAUACGGGCCGCACCAAGACCGAUGAAGUGAUACGCGCUCUGCCAGACAACAGCAUCCUCGUCGAGAGCGAUCUGCAUAUAGCAGGCGAGCACAUGGAUAGUGUAUUGGAAGAUAUGUACCGACACGUUUGCGAAGUCAAGGGUUGGGACCUUGAGGAUGGCGUCAAGAAGAUAGCAAACAACUAUAAGGAGUUCAUCUGUGGAUGA